AUGGUCAGUUCUGUAGUAUUAACUACCGGAUCCAACAGUGGUAUCGGUGCCGGUAUAGCCAAACUGUUUGCCCAAUUGGGCGCAAAUGUGGUGAUUACGGGUAGGAAUGCCACUGAAAUACAGAGUGUGGCCAAUGAGUGCCAACAGUUGUCACCAAAAAAGUUAAAGCCAUUACAAGUGGUGGCCGACGUAUCAAAAGAUAGUCAAUUGAAUGGACUAUUGAAUAAAACUAUUGAAACUUACGGCAAGUUAGACGUAUUGGUCAACAACGCCGGUAUCGCACCGUUUGUGGCCAUCAAUGACUCAAAAUUUAUGUCAACUUAUGAUACGGUAAUGGCUGUCAAUUUGCGGCCGUAUGUUCAGCUCAGUUAUCUGGCUGUACCCUAUUUAAACAAAACAAAUGGUACUAUUAUCAGUAUGUCAGGCAUCACAUCACUGGCGCCGAUACGCAAAACUCUAGCACUUGACGUAUCCAAAGCCGGUGUCGAUAUGAUGACCCGUGUGUUGGCACUAGAGUUGGGACCCAAUAUACGGGUCAAUACUAUUAGCCCAGGUAGUAUAGACAAUGGCGAUCCGAAUUCUGAAAAAAUUAGAAAAUAUUUGGCAGCAAACACACCAUUGAAACGGUCGGGUCAACCACAAGACAUAGCACAGGGAGUAGUAUUUUUGGCCAGUGACCAGUCAACGUUUAUUACCGGUACCGAUCUGGUCAUUGAUGGCGGACUGGUCUACAAUAUUGGCGGUAUUGAAUAGAUUUGUUUACAAAAAAAUAUACACUACUAUUGAGAUUU